GCUUAUUGAAACAAGAGGAGGUUUUCUCCACUUGGAGUGUGGGGUGUCUUUAUAAAAGUCUCUGGAAAGAGAAACGGUUAAGGGCUCAACAGGUAGAAUGGUCCCAGUGGAGAGAGUGGACUCAUGUGCAUGUGAAGGAAGUGAACAAGAGGAGAACACAUCUGGCCAUGUGAAACAACACUCUCUUAGUAAGAUAAGAAGAUGGAAGUGAGUAUGGAGACUCAGCUACUCUCCGACAUGUAAUGAUGGUCAUCACUGUCAACGAUCGUUUUUUGCACACCUGCUGUAUGCUGAGCAUAUCACUAGAUGUUGUGGGGAGGGAUUCAUAUGAAAUAAAAGACACAGCCCCUGCCUUCAAGGAACUUAAAAUCUAAAUGGGAAGACCGAACAUUCCAAUGAAGCGACAUAAGGACAAGCGGCGCAUCAUAAAAAUGGGCACUCGAAAAAAAGUGCAUGCGUAUGUACGGAUCAAGCCCACAGAUGAAUUUGCUUAUGAAAUGAUCACUUUUGGAGAAGACAACAAAAGUAUUGAUAUUCACAUCAAGAAAGAUGGCCGAAAAGGAAUCAUCAAUAACCAACAGACAGACUGGUCGUUCAGAUUGGAUGGAGUUCUUCACGAUGCCUCACAGGAUUCUGUUUACGAUACAGUAGCUAAGGAAGUGGUUGCUCAAGCCCUGGAUGGCUAUAAUGGCACAAUCAUGUGUUAUGGGCAAACAGGAGCGGGAAAGACAUAUACCAUGACUGGAACAACUGAAAACUACAAGCAUCGAGGCAUCCUCCCCCGAGCUUUACAGCAGGUUUUUAGGAUGAUAGAAGAACGCCCCACACAUUCCAUCACCGUUCGGGUCUCAUAUCUGGAAAUCUAUAACGAGACCCUGUUCGAUCUCUUGUCCACCCUUCCCUAUGUUGGCAACUCAGACACUCCAAUGUCUAUAGUAGAAAGCCCACAAGGAAUCUUUGUCAAGGGCCUGUCUGUGCAUAUGACGGGACGUGAGGAGGAUGCUUUCAGUCUCCUUUUUGAGGGAGAGACUAACAGGAUAAUAGCCUCUCACACAAUGAACAAAAAUUCAUCUAGAUCUCAUUGCAUUUUUACAAUAUAUAUUGAGGCUCACUCAAGAAGCUUAUCUGAUGAGAAGUACAUUACUUCUAAAAUUAAUUUGGUGGAUUUGGCAGGUUCUGAGAGACUGGGGAAGACUGGGUCAGAAGGACAAAUCCUGAAGGAAGCCACAUAUAUCAACAAAUCCCUGUCCUUCUUGGAGCAGGCUAUUAUUGCUUUAGGGGACCGAAAGAGAGAACAUGUCCCCUUCCGGCAGUGCAAGCUCACCCAUGCUCUGAAGGACUCAUUAGGGGGAAAUUGUAACAUGGUCAUUGUGGCAAAUGUCUAUGGUGAUGCCACUCAGUUGGACGAGACACUUUCUUCACUUCGUUUUGCCAGCAGAAUGAAACUGAUCACAACUGAGCCUGCCGUCAAUGAAAAAUAUGAUGCAGAGAGGAUGGUGAAGAACCUGGAGAAGGAGUUAAUUCUGCUAAAACAGGAACUAGCCAUACAUGACAGUCUGGCCAACCGUGCUAUGGUUACCUAUGAUCCCAUGGAUGAAGUCCAAAUAGCUGAGAUUAAUUCUCAAGUUCGCAGGUAUCUGGAAGGAUCUUUGGAAGAAAUUGACAUCAUUAACCUCCGACAGAUCCAGGAGGUGUUUAAUCAGUUCAAAGUGGUUUUAAGCCAACAAGAACAAGAAGUGGAGGCCAACUUACGUAGAAAAUACACCUUGAUAAACAAGAAUGACUAUGUGACCAUUACCGCCGUCCAGAAGGCCGGACUGGUUGAUGUGGAAGGCCACACAGUAGGAGAGACAGAUGGACAAGGGUUUGGGCUUGGUAUUGCACCUUUCUCUGCUAAGCCUGGGAAGAAAGGCAAGUUCAAGAAGUCAUUCAGAGAUUUAGCUGGUUUGGCCAAGAAGGAAGGCCUUCUCAGCCCUGUGAGUGGGAAGGAUAUAGAUAGUCUUUCCACAUCAAGGACUCAACUGUUAUCACCCUCCAAGGAAGUAGAUGUCAAGGAUGUACCCUCACGUGAUCGGGAAGCUUCCAGCAGUGAACCUGUUGCAUCAGAUUCCCCCAAGGAAGAUUCCCGUACCACUAGACCUGGCACUCCUCCUCCUAAACCAUCAGCUUUUGAGGAGUUUAAAAAUGAACGUGGCAGUGAGAUCAACCGGAUCUUCAAGCAGAACAAAACCAUCCUGAAUGACCGGAGGAAGAAAGCCAGUGAGACUGCCCAGCGGAUUAAUUCUAUCAAGAGAGAAAUUGACACCACGAAGGAGGCAUUGGAUGCACAGAAAACUUUCCGGGAAGAGCAAGGGGAAUAUGAGAAUAAAGGGCUGAUGAUCAUUGAUGAAGAGGAAUUCUUACUGAUUCUGAAACUGAAGGAACUGAAGAAGCAGUACCGGGAGGAAUACCAAGACCUGCGGGACCUCAAGGCUGAAAUUCAGUACUGCCAGCAUCUGGUGGACCAGUGUCGCCAACGAUUGCUCACAGAGUUUGAUAUCUGGUACAACGAAUCCUUCCUCAUCCCCGAGGAUACGCCAGCUCCUCUGAAGGCUAAGGGUAGCAUCAAACUAGGCUUGCUACCCCUGAGCAAACUCACAUCACUGGCUGAGGAUGAUGAAGAUAAAUUUGGCCGCAUCCAAACAUCAGCCCUCCCUGACUGUCCCGACUCGGUCUCUUUCUACAAUGCCAGAAUGAAGUUGGACCAGAAGAAAAACUAUUCUAAAACCAUGGCCAGCUUCCAGAAUAAGAAGCCUGGCCCUGUCCCAGCCGUCCUGAAGGAGAAAUCUCCCAGCGACUACAACCUGCCAUAGCGGGAAGGGCAGGGCCCAGUGUGCUGCUCUCCGGCUGUCCCCCGGUCUCUGAGUCUGGCAGAGGAUGGAUAACUGUUGGAUUGUUACCCUGCCAAGCCUAGCCCACAGAGGAAAAUGUUUACAUUGUUAGGUUGAGCCCUUUUUUUUUUUUUGGCUUUAGUACUUUUUUCUGUUUUCUAUGCAGGGACAAGAAUAAAAUA